AUGUUUAAUGUCAAGGCAUUAGAUAUUCCAGCUGUAAUUUUUGACAAUGGGUCAGGCCUGUGUAAGGCUGGUCUAUCAGGAGAGAUUGGCCCAAGACACAUCAUUCCUUCUAUUACAGGCCACCCCAAAGCCAAAGCGUCUGUGUUAGGAGCCGAUCAGAAGGAACACUAUGUGGGAGAAGAGGCCCGGGAAAAGAAGGAUGUGCUGUCUCUGAAGUACCCCAUUGAACGUGGAAUAAUUACUUCGUGGGAUAAAGUAGAGAAGCUCUGGAAACAUGUUUAUGACCACAAACUAAGCAUAAAAGCCUUCGAGAGGCCAGUGCUCAUGACUGAGAUCCCUAUGAAUCCAGCGGAGAACCGAGAAAAACUGACCCAGCUGAUGUUUGAACGGUUUAGGGUGCCUGCUUUCUAUUUGUCUGUUCAAUCCAUAUUGUCUCUGUAUGCCUCGGCACGUGUCACUGGAAUGGUGAUUGACAGUGGAUAUGGCGUUACGCACACAGUACCAGUCUAUGAAGGCUACUGUUUGCCCCAUGCUGUCUCCAUGCUAGACAUUGCUGGCAAGGAUAUCACAGAGUACUUUACAAAGCUGCUUCUGAAAACAGAGCCAUGGUUGGCAAAACUCCCUGAGAAGAGCAUUGUAGAAGACAUCAAGGAGAAGUUAUGCUAUGUGGCUCCAGAGCCACACCAAGAACGAGUUAGGAGGCCAGAGGAGAUCAGAAAGGAAUAUAAGCUUCCUGAUGGGGCUGAAGUCAGGAUUGGCAGUGCACUCUUCCAAGCACCAGAGAUCCUCUUCGAGCCAAACCAUGUUGGCAACGCUGGGCCAGGCCUUCUGAAAAUGAUUUCCCAAAGUGUCACAAAAUGUGACUCCAGCGUUCGCAGUGCUCUGUAUGGGAACAUGGUGCUGUCUGGUGGUUCAUCCCUCUUUCCUGGACUAGAUGAGCGGAUUUUUAAAGAACUAGAAUAUCAGGUUCCCAAAGGAGUCCCUAUAAAGAUUAUAGCACCCACAGAGAGAUGGUUUUCUUCAUGGAUUGGGGCUUCUAUAAUCACUUCCUUGAGCAGCUUCAAGCAAAUGUGGGUCACUGCGGCUGAUUACAAGGAAUUUGGACCAAAUGUUGUCCAAAGAAGAUGCUUUUAA